AUUCUGUCAAAGUAUUUGAAACUUCUCAAAACCGUUUGCAUUUCUAACCUUUCAAUUUGAAAAAGAAAACAAAAAGUUUGUUAUUUGUAUUUGGGUAAUAUUUUUGAGGAUUUUGGCAAAUUUCAAUGCAUUUCUUUAAGUUCUAAAUGGCUGAAACAGUCGUACAAAUCCAUUCCAGAAAGCAGAGAAAGAAAGCCGAGUUACCCUUUCAUGACGAGGAACCCAUGUUUUCCGAUACAGAUGAUGAGAUGGAGUUUGAGCAGAAUUUUACCAGAUUCAUUACGAAAAACUCGAACUGUUUAGGCAGUAAAGUUAAUGUAAAUAAAACAUUCCCAAGACAGCUGGAGGAUAUAUUGGAGUUUUCUGAUGAAUGCGUUUCUUGUAAGAAGAACAAAACUGUACUGAAAUCACUCAGCAAUCGUUCGAAAAUAUGCUCAGAUAAUAGGUCGCCUUCAAUUUCAAGCACAGACAGUGGAGUUACGUCUGAUUCGAGAGUUUUUUUGAAACAAAAGUUCCGAAGUCCAAAUCAGGGCAAAGGACAGACAAAAGAACUACUUGUCUUGUUGGAUAAAGUUACUAACGAUCAGGAAAUGAUAAGUAAAGCAAAUACAAACAGUGAAGCAGUGGAAUUGAAUAAUACAAGAUUGAAUGGAACGAAAGACACUCAUGGUGAUGAAAAUAAAAAGCCGGGAGAAAAUGAAUCUCAAACUAAGGAAGGAGAUGCGAUGAGGACCUUAUUAGAGGAAAUUCAAGACAGGAGAAGAAGCAUAGGGUUACCCUGCCGAAAAAUAUCACAUAAUAAUAAUCAUAAUUCUAAACCACACAAUGAUAUAGCCAAUGGAACAUUAGAAACUCCAGCGAAGAAAUUUAAGUCGCCUAUGAAAGUUAGUAAAAAGAGCAUCCAAAUAAAAAAACCGGACUACAAAUUUGUGGAUAAAAAUAUAUUUAAGCUACCCGUUGAUAUUACAUUGAAUCGGUCUCUGGAAAAUGCCAUAGUAAGAAAAUUGGGUAGAAAUGCUGGAUCCACUACAGCAGAAGACUCAUUUACUAUAGAACGUGGGGAUUUCAGGUCGUUCCAGACGCAGAAAGUGAGAAAACUGUAUUCGCCCAGCGCCUGGCUAAAUUCCUACGAAAUUUCGCAAAUGUGCUUGAAUAAUAUGACACUGUCUCAAGUCUGAUGUAAACAUUUAUCUGAAAUACAUAUAGAAAAAUAUCUA